UAGCAGCUCAAACCCUCCGUCUUGCAGUGAGAGUGUGUCUGCGUGCUGCGCCUCUGCUAGCUAACAACACAAAGGCUGAACUUUUAGAGGAGUCUGUCUCUGUCCUUACUCGCUUAUAUCUCAAACUGCAGCCUCCAUUUUGACGGAGUGACGCUACAAGGCGACAGAAAACUCUCUUCGUUUGAAUCUACGCAGACCUAAACUUCCACAGCCACCAUGUUUGAGGCUCGUCUGGUCCAGGGCUCCAUCCUGAAGAAGGUGCUGGAGGCUCUGAAGGAUCUGAUCACAGAAGCCUGCUGGGACGUCAGCUCGUCCGGCAUCUCCCUCCAGAGCAUGGACUCCUCUCACGUCUCCCUGGUGCAGCUCACCCUGCGGCACGAUGGCUUCGACUCGUACCGCUGCGACAGAAACCUCGCCAUGGGAGUCAACCUCAGCAGUAUGUCAAAGAUCCUGAAGUGCGCAGGAAAUGAAGACAUCAUCACCCUCAGAGCAGAAGACAAUGCAGACACACUCGCCCUUGUGUUUGAGACACUUAAUCAGGAGAAGGUGUCAGAUUAUGAGAUGAAAUUGAUGGACCUGGACGUGGAGCAGCUGGGUAUUCCAGAGCAGGAGUACAGUUGUGUGGUGAAGAUGCCCUCUGGGGAGUUUGCCCGUAUCUGCCGCGACCUGUCACAGAUCGGUGACGCUGUCAUGAUCUCCUGCGCCAAGGACGGAGUCAAGUUCUCCGCCACAGGAGAGCUGGGCACAGGGAAUGUGAAGCUGUCCCAGACCAGCAACGUAGACAAAGAGGAUGAGGCAGUUACCAUUGAGAUGAAUGAACCUGUUCAGCUGAUCUUUGCCCUCAACUACCUGAACUUCUUCACCAAGGCCACGCCGCUGUCAAAGACCGUCACACUCAGCAUGUCUGCUGACAUCCCCCUCGUGGUGGAGUACAAGAUUGCUGAUAUGGGACAUGUCAAAUAUUACUUGGCACCCAAGAUCGAUGAAGAAGCUUCCUAAGUUGUAUCUAACAGCCCAAAAAGGAAGAAUAGAGAAAAGCCGGCGACUGGGACUUGUCCUGAGUGAUUGGAGGGCUGAAGUGAUCUGGCUAUGAUCACUGAGGUCUCUGAUGUCCGCCUGUCUAAUGAGAUUCACAGCGGGAGGUGUUGUGUCAACUUUGAUUCAGUCAGCCGUAUGAAUGAUGCCAUCUGUGUGAUGUGACGACACUGCAGCUGCUCUGAAGUGGACUUCAGAGCGACUGGCUGUGGCCCAAAUUGCCCCGGUGUAAAUUUCAUCACUUGUUCGCUCCACUUUGGUGUCUCUCUCUCUCUAUUUUUGCCCGUUUUGGGAAAUCUGGUUUCAAAUAUCCCAUUCCUUCUUGUAGAUAAUGCAUUUGUAAAUACUUCCUAUGGUGUUACUGUCAGCCAACCCCAAAUGUUUUUGUAUUCAUUAAUUCAAUCCAAAAUAAAUAAUCCAAGUGGUUUCCAAUA